AUGACCUCCAAAGGUGCUCUUGAAAGACUAACCAAGGUAGUCAAACUUUAUAAUAUAGAUUUUGUUGCUUUGCAAGAACCUUUUUUUAAAAGCAAUAAAGUUGAUAAGUUUAGGAGAAGGUUAGGAUUUGACCAUGCCAUCUCCAAUUCACAUAGUAAAGUCUGGAUUUUCUGGAAUACUAACAUUGUUUGUUCAGUGAUUUCCAAGACUAGACAACAGGUUACUUUGCAGGUUGACUGGCAGAGAAGUACAUAUAUGUCUUGGAUAACUAUUGUAUAUGCUAGAUCAAGAGCUAACAAAAGAAAACAUCUUUGGCAGAAAUUAAGAGACUUAAAUUCUAUCAUUGAUGGUCCAUGGGUCAUUGGUGGGGAUUUCAACUCUAUAAUGGAAGCUGAAGAGAAAAAAUGGGGUGCCUCUUUUAGACUAAGUACUUGUUUAGAUUUUAUAAACUGUAUGGAUGAUUGCGGUAUGACUGAUGCUGGAUUUGUAGGUAAUAUUCACACUUGGUGUAAUGGCAGAGGAGGUACUGGAAGAAUCCAUAUGAGACUAGACAGGCUUUUUCACAAUGAGGAAUGGGCUACUAGAUAG